AUGGGCUCCAAUAUCAGACUUAAAGUUGCCAUUUGUGGAGCUGGGAUUGGCGGAUUGACUUGCGCGUUAGCGCUUUCUAAAUAUCCGGACUUGGAAAUCGACGUGUACGAGAGCGCGAACAAACUCGCAGAGGUAGGAGCUGGUAUCGGAUUAUUUCCGCGUCCGUGGAAGAUCAUCCGAGCUCUGGGUCUCGAACAGGACCUUUUGCGUGUAACUGAGCUCGGAGUAACUGACGGCCCUGUCACAAGCUUCCGGUACCGGAAAGGCGACCAGCCAUGGGAAAGCGCCGAUUUCCACCAACUGGUGACGACCGGUUCGCUGGCUUUACUUCAUCGAGCCGAUUACCAGCAGACUCUCCUUCGGCAUCUGCCCAGGUCAUGUAAGACGCACUGUUCCAAACGGCUCCGUUCGUAUUCGCAGAGGUUCUCAGGUACCAUAGAGUUGGCGUUUGACGACGGAAGCGUUGCUUACUGCGAUGUUUUAUUGGGUGCCGAUGGCUUGAAAUCCGUUGUGCGCAAAUGCUUGCUGGGGGAGAGGGCGCGUUGGGCUCAAUCCGAAGGACGUUACAAGGAGGCUGCAGAGCUGCAGCAAGCGGUUGACCCUGUUUGGAGUGGAACUAACGCUUAUCGUGCUCUGAUACCUGCGGAGCGACUUCACGCCCGGUAUCCAUCGCAUCGAGCUCUUACUACACCCGUUCAAUACCUUGGGAAACGUGGCUACGUCCUUGCUUAUCCGAUAUCUCAAGGCAAACUGGUCAACUUUGUCGCUUUCACCUGCCGACACGAUCUGGAGAAUACAAAAUUCAAUGGGCCUUGGGUUUCGGUCACGGAGAAGUCUCAGUUCAUGCCCUACUUUUCAAAGUGGGAGCCAGAGGUACAAGCAAUGUUGGAAUGUGUGGAGAAACCUCUUCAAUGGGCGAUUCAUACGGUCAGGCCAUUACGCUCAUUUAUUUCGGGACGUGUUGCCCUCAUGGGAGAUGCGGCACACGCGAUGACGCCUCAUCAAGGAUCUGGUGCCGGCCAGGCGAUUGAGGACGGGUAUAUUCUAGCUACUGUUCUCGGCCAUCCUAAGACAACUAGGGAUAACCUCCACCGUGCCCUUCGUAUAUACGACGAGAUUCGUCGCCCGAUGGCACACCGCGUGAUGGAAAAGACGCGCAUGAACGGGAGAUAUUACUCAUUCGAGUUUGACGGAUUGGACAUCGAACAAUUACCACCGGACCAGCAAUGGGAUUUUCUGCAACGCAUGGGCAAGAAAUUCGUUAAGAACUGGGAAUGGGCGUGGACUACGACGGUGGACGACGCCGUCGAGGAAGCACUCAAAAGACUAAGACAUGCAUGA